CUUUCAUUUCUUCACUCUUAAACACCUCACCAUUUUGUAUAUUCUUUCCUGGGUCAAUCUUUGCUUCUCAUUUCAAUGGAGUCCAUCACUCAAAAUGGUACCUCAAAUGGCCAUUUGCAGAGCUUUUGCAGCACCACAAAUGGUGGUGUUGGUGUGCUGGUGGACCCUUUGAACUGGGGUGUUGCUGCUGAGUCACUUAAAGGGAGCCAUUUAGAUGAAGUGAAACGUAUGGUGGCUGAGUUUAGGAAACCAUUGGUGAAACUCGGUGGUGAGACCUUAACCAUUUCUCAAGUUGCUGCCAUUGCUACACGUGACUUGGGUGUCAAGGUUGAACUCUCAGAGGAUGCAAGGGCUGGUGUUAAAGCUAGUGCUGAUUGGGUCCUUGAUGGUAUGAAUAAAGGAACUGAUAGCUAUGGUGUCACCACUGGUUUUGGUGCUACUUCUCAUCGACGAACCAAGCAAGGCGCUGCCCUCCAAAAAGAGCUCAUUAGGUUCUUGAAUGCUGGGAUAUUUGGCAAUGGAACUGAGUCAUGUCACACAUUGCCUCACUCAGCAACCAGAGCAGCUAUGCUUGUUAGGAUCAAUACCCUUUUACAAGGAUACUCUGGCAUUAGAUUUGAGAUUCUUGAGGCAAUCACUAAGCUUCUUAACAACAACAUCACGCCGUGUUUGCCGCUCCGCGGCACGAUUACUGCGUCCGGUGACCUCGUUCCUCUUUCCUACAUUGCUGGAUUACUCACUGGCAGGCCUAAUUCCAAGGCUGUUGGACCUAAUGGAGAAUCCCUUGAUGCUGAAGAAGCCUUUCGUGUUGCCGGGAUCGAUUCGGGUUUUUUUGUGUUGCAGCCUAAAGAAGGACUUGCUUUAGUUAACGGCACCGCGGUCGGUUCGGGUUUGGCUUCCAUGGUUCUUUUUGAAGCAAACAUUUUAGCUGUUUUGUCUGAAAUUUUAUCAGCAAUUUUUGCUGAAGUUAUGAAUGGUAAACCUGAAUUUACUGAUCAUUUAACACAUAAAUUGAAGCAUCAUCCAGGACAAAUUGAAGCAGCUGCUAUAAUGGAACAUAUACUUGAUGGAAGCUCUUAUGUUAAAGCAGCUAAAAAAUUGCAUGAAAUGGACCCGUUGCAAAAACCGAAACAAGAUCGUUACGCAUUGAGGACGUCUCCACAAUGGCUCGGUCCACAAAUCGAAGUGAUCAGAUUCGCAACCAAAUCGAUCGAAAGAGAGAUCAAUUCUGUCAACGACAACCCUUUGAUCGACGUUUCGAGGAACAAAGCAUUACAUGGUGGCAAUUUCCAAGGUACACCUAUUGGUGUUUCAAUGGACAAUACUCGUUUAGCUAUUGCAGCUAUCGGGAAACUUAUGUUUGCUCAGUUUUCGGAACUCGUUAACGAUUUCUACAACAACGGUCUCCCAUCAAACCUCUCCGCUAGUAGGAACCCGAGUCUUGAUUAUGGUUUCAAAGGUGCUGAAAUCGCAAUGGCCUCCUAUUGUUCCGAGCUCCAAUACUUAGCUAAUCCGGUCACCAACCAUGUUCAAAGUGCCGAACAACACAAUCAAGAUGUGAACUCAUUAGGACUAAUAUCAUCACGAAAAACAGCCGAAGCAGUCGAUAUCUUGAAACUCAUGUCCUCUACAUACUUGGUAGCUCUAUGUCAAGCUAUUGAUUUAAGGCAUUUAGAAGAAAACUUGAGGAACACGGUGAAGAACACUGUGAGUCAAGUAGCCAAGAAAACCCUCACAACCGGUAACAAUGGUGAACUCCACCCAUCGAGAUUCUGCGAAAAGGAUUUGCUCAAAGCCGUGGACCGCGAGUACGUGUUUGCUUACAUAGAUGAUCCAUGCAGUGCUACUUAUCCCUUAAUGCAAAAGCUAAGACAAGUCCUUGUCGAACACGCAUUCGCCAAUGGUGACAAUGAAAAGGAUACAAACACUUCCAUUUUCCAAAAGAUCACAGCAUUUGAAGAUGAAUUCAAAGCUGCAUUGCCAAAAGAAGUUGAAGGUACAAGGGUUUCACUUGAAAAUGGAAAUGCAACAAUCCCUAAUAAGAUCAAGGGUUGUAGAUCAUAUCCAUUGUAUAAAUUUGUGAGGGAAGAGCUUGGAACUGGGUUGUUGAGUGGUGAACAAGGUAAGUCACCAGGUGAAGAAUUUGAUAAGGUGUUCAUAGCUAUGUGUGAAGGGAAGAUUAUCGAUCCAAUGAUGGAAUGUUUAAAGGGUUGGAAUGGUGCUCCACUUCCAAUUUGUUAGUGUGCUUUUUUCAUUGUUUAUUUCUUCAAUUUUUUUCUUUGUUUUUUCAGCUUAAUUGUCUUUCAAUUUCAUUGUGAAAAAAAAAUAGUAAAUGAUAAUAUGAGGUGAAUGUACGGGUGAUAUGUUUGUUUCUCA